UGUUGCCAGUUCGACCAAUCGUUUUUGUUUGUUCAAUGUGCACCUCACAGCAAAAGUCUCUCUCGCCUUCUUUAUCAUUUACACACGUCGCCUGUUCGUUGCAAAUAGGCCCUCUUUCAAGGCUUAUCUUACUAAGCCGUGAUAAUGCUGCAUGAGGAGCCUGUUUCUUUAUCUGCUGCCCUCGUUAAUCAAUUACAUCAUCGCCGUCUUUCUUCGCUUUGCAUAUAUUGCCUUUGUUGUCAUUGAAAUAACCGUUUCAUUUAAAAAAAAAAAAGUGUUUUCUAUCAAAUCACCGAAUCAUGGCCUUUGCUUUGUGCUGCUCGAUAGCACACUUUUUCUCAAUACGAAAAAAAAAAAGGCUAUGUGCUAUCCGAGGGAGCUGAUUCAGAAUUUUUGGGACAUCGCAUAGGAAAAUCAAACAAAGAAGAACAGCUACUACUAGAAAGGCAAUAACUGACUGAUCCAAUGUAAACGAUGAACUCUAAAUUUAUAUCGCAUGAUUUACUCCCGGUAAUUGCGCUUCUUUGUCUUUUCGC